GAUCCACCGACCUCCGAACGAAAGGCACGAAGGCGGAUCUCGAUGUAAAGUCAACAUUAAUUCUCCCCCGAGUCGAGUCUCGGUAUCGCGGAAUAAUCCGGACGGACGUGAACGCGUGUACGUGAAUCGCAAUUGCACGAGGAAAGUUCUUGUAACGAGGGAAAGAGAGAGUUCAUUGAUCAAUCGAGAGCCGAACGAGCGGAGCGAAAUGGGAAUCUUCGCGCGGCCGAUUUUGCGUAUUCCGAGCGCGUCGAGAGAGGCGGUAGCGACGAACGUGACGUCGCAGGCGCAUCAUGUGUCCAGGAAGAAACGAGGUCAAGCGAUCGGCUCGGUCGGAGGAUUUCGCGGAUGCACGAUCUGGAUGACCGGGCUGUCCGGCGCCGGCAAGACCUCCAUCUCCUUCCAACUCGAGGAAUACCUCGUCUCUCGGGGGAUCCCCGCGUACAGUCUGGACGGCGACAACAUACGCACCGGCCUGAACCGUAAUCUCGGCUUUAGCAAGGAGGACCGCGAGGAGAACGUGCGUCGCGUCGCCGAAGUCGCGCGGCUCUUCGCCGACGGCGGCGUGAUCGCCCUCUGCAGCUUCGUGUCGCCGUUCGCGACGGACCGGCGAAUGGCCCGCGAGAUCCACGAGAAGGCCGAUCUGCCGUUCUUCGAGGUGUUCGUCGAGGCGUCCCUCCAGGUGUGCGAGAGCCGGGACGUAAAGGGCCUCUACAAGAAGGCGCGUCAGGGUAUCAUCAGGGGCUUCACCGGGAUCGACCAAAGUUACGACGUGCCGACCGAGCCCGACCUCGUCGUCAACACGGAGAACGCGAGCGUCCAGCAAUCCACCGACCGCGUCGUUGACUUUCUCCAGAGCAAACUAAUCAUACCGGGAUCCUGCGACGGUCUCGCGCAGCCUCUCGAGGAGCUCUUCGUGAGCGACGACCGAUUGACGGACGUGCGGAGGGAAAUCGCCGGAGAUUGCCCGGCCUUGGAAAUCGGCGAGGUGGAUGUUCAGUGGCUGCAGGUCCUCGCUGAGGGAUGGGCCGCGCCUUUGAAAGGAUUCAUGAGGGAGGACGAGUACCUUCAGACACUGCACUUCAAUUGUCUGUACGAGGACGGUGCCGCGAUCAACCAGUCGAUCCCCAUCGUCCUCGCCGUGAGAGCCGACGAUAAGGAGCGCUGUUCCGGCUCGGAAAUCCUCGUUCUCCGGUACCGGGGCAAGGACCUGGCGGUGCUGCGCAAGCCGGAGUUUUACCACCAUCGCAAAGAGGAACGCUGCUGCCGCCAAUUCGGCACGAGCGACCCCGGACACCCUUACGUUAAAAUGAUCUUGGAGUCGGCCGGGGAUUGGCUGGUCGGCGGCGAUCUGGAGGUCCUCGAGAGGAUCCGCUGGAACGACGGGCUGGACCGUUACAGGCUCACGCCUAAUGAGAUCAAGGCCAGGUGCCGGGAAAUGGGUGCCGACGCGGUUUUCGCCUUCCAGCUGCGAAAUCCGAUACACAACGGGCAUGCGUUGCUAAUGCAGGACACCAGAAGACGCCUCCUCGAGGAACGUGGCUUCAAGAAACCGGUGCUUCUCCUGCAUCCUCUCGGCGGAUGGACCAAGGACGACGAUGUUCCGCUGCCGGUCAGAAUUCGGCAGCACGAAGCCGUUCUCGAGGAAGGUGUCCUCCAUGAGGACACCAUUCUCGCUGUCUUUCCCAGUCCCAUGUGUUACGCCGGUCCUACGGAGGUGCAAUGGCACGCGAAAAGUCGCAUGAUAGCCGGCGCGAACUUUUACAUCGUCGGCAGAGACCCCGCAGGCGUUCCUCAUCCUGACAAGUCCGCCACACCGGACGGCAAUCUGUACGACGGCACUCACGGCGCGCGCGUCCUCUCGAUGGCGCCGGGUUUGCAGGAUCUCGAGAUCCUCCCCUUCAAGGUGGCCGCUUACGACACCAGAACGAAGAGUAUGUCCUUCUUCGAGGCUGAACGUCAGCAAGACUUUGUCUUCAUCUCCGGCACCAAGAUGCGAGGUUUUGCCAGAAACGGCGAGGAUCCUCCGAAAGGCUUCAUGGCGCCGAAAGCGUGGAAGGUCAUCGCGGAAUAUUAUCAAACGGCACACACGCAGGAGAAAUAGGUUAAUAGUAACGCUGGAGG